GCCGGGCGGGGAGGCGGCCGCAGCCCGAAGCGAGCGCGUGGAGCAAGACCUAAUGGCGGCGCCGGUGCCCAGGGGCCCCGGGGACGACGCCUCGGCCGUCCUGGACGAGCUGUCCCGGAACUUCUCGUACUGGGUACCGGGCGCGGGCAAUGGCUCGCUGUCGGGCGCGUGGUACCGCAGGAACCAGAUUCACCUUUUUGGAGUUUUGCUGGCCAUUUUAGGAAACUUGGUAAUCAGCAUUUCUCUAAAUAUCCAGAAAUAUUCUCAUCUUCAGCUGGCACAACAAGAGCAUCCAAAGCCCUACUUUAAGAGCGUGCUUUGGUGGGGUGGAGUCCUGCUGAUGGCUGUGGGAGAGACCGGGAACUUCGCAGCCUAUGGAGUCGCCCCCAUCACGCUCAUUGCGCCUUUAGGCUGUAUGUCCGUUACAGGUAGUGCCAUUAUUUCUGUCUUGUUCCUGAAAGAAAAUCUGAGAGCCUCUGAUUUAUUAGGUAUAACAUUGGCCUUCACAGGAACAUAUUUAUUGGUGAACUUUGCUCCCAACAUAACUCAAGCUAUCUCUGCGAGAACAGUACAAUAUUACUUUGUUGGCUGGCAGUUUCUGCUCUAUGUGAUUUUAGAAAUACUAGUUUUCUGCAUCCUCCUCUAUUUCCACAAAAGAAAAGGAAUGACUCACAUUGCAAUCCUGCUGGCUCUGGUGGCACUGCUGGCCUCAGUGACUGCUAUUUCAGUAAAAGCUGUCUCAGGCAUGAUCACUUUUUCUAUGACGGAUAAAAUGCAACUAACUUAUCCAAUCUUCUACAUCAUGCUUAUCAUCAUGAUAGCAUCUUGUGUUUUCCAAGUCAAGUUCCUGAAUCAAGCCACAAUACUCUACACUACAACAACAGUGGUGCCAGUUAACCAUAUUUUCUUUACAACCAGUGCCAUCAUCGCAGGUAUUGUAUUUUACCAGGAAUUCCUUGGUGCUGCUUUUCUCACCAUGUUUAUAUAUUUUUUUGGGUGCUUUCUGUCAUUCCUUGGUGUAUUUUUGGUGACAAGAAAUCGAGAAAAGGAACAUCUGCAACAGUCCUACGUUGAUUUUGGAAGUGUUCCUGGGAAACAAAUGUUGGACAAAAUACAACCAGAUUCAAAUGGCUUAUCCUAUGGAACUUUGCCUGAUGGAAGUGACUCAACAAAGAGCCAAAGUGGAGAGAAGAAAGAGGCCUGAAAUGCCGAGAGGGAUGGCUGUUGGCCUGUUACUUGAUACCACCUUUUUAAAAAGCUACACAUGCUCGACUUGUGUCAGCAGCUAUUUCAUGCUGGCAUGUGCGAGCAUUCGCUUCAGUUCUCUCCUCAAUAUGGACAGUCAGGGCCUUCCUCAGAACUGACAGUCCAGUGUUUUCAUGGAAUGUAAUACGAGGUGUUUCCCACACCCUGGACCUCUCCCUAGUGAUCAUCUAACCAGCUAGGUCUUAAUUACAGCCUGGCUGCUCAAGCAGGAAUGUCAUGCAAAAAUGCACGUUUGCAAUAUUUGGCCAUAGAAGGCAUAAGUUGCUUUUCCCAUGUGGCUUGUGGAGGCAGAUUUUUGGCUUUAAAGUGAUCUUAAGCCUACCACCUCUGUCCUGAAAGAAAGGUCUGACAUUCCUUUUUUGCAGGACACUUUUUAUGAGCCUUCUGCAACAAGCUCCUCUUUUUAUCCCUAAAUUAGAAUAAGUCAUCUCUUCUAAAAACUACUAUUAAAAUGCUCCUUUGAAAAUAGAGGGCCUCUUUAAAAAUCAGAAUUUAUAAGUGGCAUUUGUCAUGGCAUAUACCAAAACUCAAAAGAUCUGAGCCUAAAAUGACCUAAGCCUUAAGAAAAAAGAAAAUAUUAAAGCUGAGCAUGGUUCUACAUAGCUAGAAUCCCAUCUACUUGGGAGACAGAUCAGAGAAUCAUGGUUCAAGGCCCUAUCUGAAAAGCAAAAUAAGCAAAAAGGACAGAGGCAUAGCUAAAGUGACAGAACACUUGUUUAGCAAGUGCAAAAUGUCCUGAGAUUAAUUCCCAAUACUAGCAAAAUGAAAAGAGGAAAAAUGUUUAACAGAACUGUACUCUCUCCCACAGCACAAACACUAAAAUUGCACCAAUACAGAGAUUAGCCUGGAUCCUUUGCAAGGUGGUGGUGACCUUUUCUUCAGCCAGGUGAUCCUAUUAUACUUGCAUUGAAACUGAAGACAAUCGAUAUGUCAUGUACCUUUGUUGCAGACCUAUAAUUUAUCAGGUCAGCUUAUAUGUUUUAACCUCAACACAAGUCCUAACAAUAAUCUAGUGAUAUUUGCACUAUAUGCCAUUUCUGCCCCCAUCAUUAUUUCAUGUUUUAUUACUACUUCUGUGUAAAAGAAGAAUUAUGAUUAAAGAACAGAUUUCUGCUGCUUAAAUCUAUGGACCUGAAUGUAACAACGUAUUCAAACCUAAGACUUGGGAGAAGGCUUUUUGGCUACAAUUAAUUCCAGGUCUAAAUACUUUAGCAGGGAGAUUCCAUAGUGUUGUUGUUUAUAAUUUGAUAUGGAAAUGAGAAGAGCCUCCAGUGUGGCUGAACAAUAAAUUCUGCCUUUCAUAUA